AUGGGUAUCAAGACAAUCUUUAAACCCAAACAAAGCCCAGAACAAUUAUUGAGGGAAUGGCAAAGACGACUCCAGCAAGAGUACCGUAGAAUUGAAAGCCUCACCAGAGAUGUUGAGAAAGAGGAGAAGAAGGUGCAAAGAGCAAUUAGGGAUGCUGUCAGGAGGAAUGACAUGAUCUUAGCAAGGGCAAUUGCCAAGGAAAUGGUGAGGUCAAGGAAAAUGAUGAAUCGACUUCGUGAGAACAAGGCACAACUAAAUUCAAUAUCAACUCACCUUGGAGAAUGUGUUGCUGUUGUUCACACAGUGGGUCAGUUGUCAAAGAGUACAGAGGUCACAAAACUUGUAAAUGAGCUGAUAAAAGUUCCAGAAAUAUCCAGCAAAAUGAAAGAAUUCAGAAAACAAAUGACAAAGGCUGGUGUUAUUGAUGAGAUUGUAAAUGAUACUGUUGACAAAGCAUUGGAUUUAGAAGACGAAGAAACUGAAAUUGAUCAAAUAGUGGUAGAUGUGGUUGGACAACUUUCAAAGUCUCUUGGAAAAUAUAGCGGAAAUCUACCUUACGAGAGAGAAAACUUUGUUAAAAGCGAAGAAUCUAUGGUUGAGGUUGGAGAUGAAAUGGAAAAUCUAGAAGAGAUUGAAGAGCAGCUUGCUAGGUUGGCUUUGUAG